AAGUAUCCAUCUCUCUGUUGGCCACUCUAUCCUUGACCUUCUCGUUUCCGCGUCCCGUGUCAAAGUAGCAGCCGGAGUACAGUCGAGGCGGAUCAGCGCGCUUGGCUUCAUUCUCCCGCACACGCGCAGCAUGGGCAGCACGCAAGCGCACGUUUAAACAGUUAGCCAUCCCACAGACAAAGCUGUUUUAUAGUUAACUGAAAGAGACCGGGUGAGCACCCUAUGACCGAACAAAUUAUCACUGGCGCAGAGGUACGACCCAUUCAAGUUAAGUCGCAGCAUGAUAACAUGGACUUGUGAACACUGUCAUUUGUUCGUGCAUGUCCCUGAGAGUCAAUGGCUGAUUCUGGCUCCUCUGCCACAGUGCCUGAAGGAUUUCACUAUGAGACAAAGUAUGUCAUCCUCAGCUACCUCGGCCUGCUCCCGCCGUCAAGAUCAAGACCCUCAGAGACAGCGGAGGGAGAGAGCCAUUCUACACUGGAAGUGGAAAGAGAGCGGAAUAGCAGCCUGAAGAAGCAGAUUGAGAAUGAAAUGAAGCAGCUUGAAGAGGAAAUUGCGGCCUCUUUUUCCAGGACUGGUUUUGAUCAGCUCACAUCCCCAGUGUUCAGUCCAGCCAAUCCAGAAAGCUCCAUAGAAGACAGCCUAGCAGUGCUUGGGGACCGUGUCUCACGGGACCUGGACACACACCUGUCCUCCGCCACUCACACGCUUCUGAACAGUGAUUUGGACUUUGAGCGCUUCAGAGCGGCGGUGGAGGAGGUGUCCUCUCAAGGAGGAUGGAGCAAGGUGUUGGUACCCUUAGUAUUGUUACAAGCCCUGCAGAAUGAGGGGCAGCCACUGGAAACUCUGCUGCAUUAUGGUUUGCGUUACCUUGAGGAGUCGCAAGCAGACUUCAUCAUUGAACAGGGAGGAUGGGGCACUGUGUUCAGCUUGGAUGAAGCUGAGGACCCUGGUGUGUUCAUAGCCGAGGACAGUAACGACAUCUAUAUCCUGUCAGCUGAACAGGCCUCGGAUCAGCUGAGCCCUCCUGCUUCAUUACUGACACUUGGAGAUAGCAGUGAGCCACCUUCCUGGCAGACAGAGAGUCUUCCUGUGUCUCUGACAGGACACGAGUCUUGGGCGCAGGUUGGCAUGAUGGACCCAGAAGACGCCAAGAGUCUGGACAGCGCCGAAGGAGUGGCGUUAGUCGAGGAGCAAAGCGAGAACAACUCCUCGAACUCUGACAUUGUCCACGUGGAGCGUGAAGAUGCUGAACUUCUAGAAGAAGGUGGGGAGACGGUGGAGGAAGGGGAGCUGCAGAGUAGCGUACUUAGUGUGCUGGGCAGUGAAAGCGAACUUGCUGCUGUCCAAGAAGAAGCACUAACCGCAGAGCUAGUGCAAACCGCAACUGAGCUGACUGUGGAAGAGAUCCCUCCACCUCCAUCCUCAGAGCAAGAGCACCCAGCCGCCCCUGCUGCCUCGUUCCCCGUGCCUGAGCCUGAACUUCAGUCUCAGCCUGUUCCAGCUCCUGUGGAGCCACAAUCAUCUCCCCCACCUGAUCUAGAACCCGAGGGGGUCCAAGCAACCCAAGAGCAGGAGAUUCUUCAAGAGGUGGAUCUGAAGGCCCACGACCACCCUGUCCCGACCUCUCCAGAGGUGCAGAUGAAGUCAGCGCCACAGCCCGAGUCCUCUGACCUCCCUGUGCUGCUAUAUGGUGGUGCUGCCCUGGUGGCCGUCGCUGCAGUAUUGGCUUUUGGAGCGCUGGCCUACAGGAAGAAGUAGAAAUUCUGUGACUGUCCAUGACCUCACUGUAUCUCUUUCCCCAACGGAAGCCCUGUGGGUCACAGUGACGCCACAAGCUGCAAUUUAUGGGAAAACUACUCUUAUGUGUCAUACCAAUUUAUUAAUAUUCUUUUUGUUCUUGUUGCUUUUAUUUGUUGGCUUAGUCCAGCUUUAUGACUGGAGAUGAACCUACAGGUGAAGUCAGGUUUCUUUUGUGAUGUAUUAGUAAACAUAGUAGUGAUUGGUUCACUAUGCUGUGACCUAGGUUCCUGGUGAUUUAAUGAGUUAGGUUUGAUUUUUAAACAAGCUUUUGCGAGUUCAUGAUUUUGAUUUUAUCUUAUCAGACAUGAAAUAUUAAAGUGCAAAUCUUUAUAGGCUGUGCUCUUCAGAUGGAUUGUGUGACUGAUAUCCUCCCAAAAUAUAUCAGUACUGGUACAAGAUUACUCGCAACAACCAAAAACAAAGACAUUUAGACAUUCAUAUUAACCAUAUUUAGUAUAUAUUUUGAAUAAAUUAGGCUUGCAUGAAUCCUUUGAAUUCCCCCUUUUAAAAGUUACAAGUUGAAGCCUAGGUCACAGUCUCAAGUGGAAAACCCCUUCACUUUGACUGAUACAUUUUAACAUCAAGUGUUUGUCGAUUCUUGAUGUACACCAAUUCACUAUAAUGUGAACAUUUGUUCUGUUAGAUGCAAAACGUGUUUGUAGAAACUUAAAUACUACACCAGCACAGUCAAUAGUGCCACGGCGACAGGGCACAGUUGACUGAAUUUAUCUCAACGUCAGGAACCAUAAUAUAAUGCUAGAUGAAAAGUAAUUUAGUUUUCUAAUAUGAUGUUUCUAAGUAUGCAUUUUGUAAUUAAAUGCCCCUACUUCUGGGUCAGAAGCAAUUUCAAUAAAAUUUUAAAAUGAAAAUAUGAUGAAACAUUAAACUUAAACCACUAUGAUUUAUAAAAAUCCAAAUGGGUUUUGUAAUUCUAGAUUAAAAAGUGAUUUGCUGUUAGGUAACAUUAUCUGUCUGUUGUUCAAAUCAAGUGCUGACUUCAGGUUUGGGGGACCAGAAUGUCUCUUAAAUGUCUAAUGCACCACAAAGAUCUGUCAUCGGUCCUUUGCAGUUUUUCUUUCUCCUCAAACUUAGUACUUACUGUCUUCUCUGUUUCUGAUUUAACACCUUGCCUGUACCUUGUGCUGUUGUUUGUCUUUAAGAUAAAAAGGCCUGCACAGCACAGCCUUGUCACCCUCUUUUCCCUGUUGUGUGCCUAUCCAAAAGAGACCCUGCUAUUCAAAACAACAGAAAACAUAAGCAGAAGUCACACACAAAGGCGGGAUCCACCUGUUUUUUUUGUCAGUGGUUGACAACCUCAUGUCAGAGAAAGUACAAUUUUUUUUUUUUUGCAAGUGAGGUUUUUUGUAUCACAGAUUGACAAAAGCUGUGAAAUAAAACUGUAUUCCAUCAAGGGUUAA